AUGGUCUCGGUUGGCGACCCGGCCGAGAUCCCAAAUCUAUAUAGCUUCACUGGAAAGUUCACCAAGUCUGACUUCUACCAUGUCAUCGUAUUCUACGCCAAAGGCAAACCAGUACAAACCAUCUUCACGACACAGGACGAGAAUUUGCACCGAAUGCUCAAAAGACCAAUUGCGGGCAUCUACACGAUGAGCAAUCUCAUGUCCUUUGAGCCCUACGUUGACACGACCAUUUCCUUCUUCUUCGCCCAGCUAGACAAGCGCUUCGCGCAAACUGGAGACAUCUGUAACUUAGGCACCUGGUUGCAGAUGUUUGCAUUCGACGUCAUGGGCGAGCUUACCUUCUCAAAGCGCUUGGGCUUCCUGGAGAGAGCGGAAGAUGUCGAUGGGAUCAUGGAAUCGAUUUGGCAUUACUUCCAAAAGACGACCCCCGUCACGCAGAUCCCUUGGGUUGACCGCCUCUGGGCAAAAAACCCCAUCUUCCAACGCCUAAAGGCCGUCCGCAUGAACCCCAUCGCCGGAUUUGGGCUCGCGCGCAUUGCAGAACGUAAAAGCGCGCCGGACACCUCUGACAACAAGGAGUCCUCGACCAACUCUCGGGAUUUCCUCUCGCGCUUCCUCGAAGCCCAAGCCAAAGACAAGACCAUCCCGCCCUGGGCCCUCACAGCGUGGACAACCUCCAACAUAGCCGCCGGCAGCGACACAACCGCCAUCCUCCUCCGCACCACGAUCUAUAGCCUCCUCUCCCACCCCGCUACCCUUUCCCGCCUCCUCUCCGAGCUCGACUCCCUCCCGCCUUCCUCAGUCAGGACUUCUACCACGUUCAAACAAGCGCGCUCACUCCCCUACCUCGACGCGUGCAUCAAAGAAGCUGGACGUCUGCACCCGCCUUUUGGGUUGCCGCUGGAACGCGUCGUGCCACCUGAGGGUGCGACAGUGUGUAGGCAAAGAUUUACGGGCGGGACGGUGGUCGGGAUGAGUCCAUGGGUAGUGCAUCGGGAUCAGGAUGUUUUCGGCGAAGAUGCUGGGGUCUGGAGGCCGGAAAGGUGGCUAGAUUGUGAUAACGAACAGCGCCGAAGAAUGGAGGCGGGCUUGCUUACUUUCGGAGCCGGCCACCGCGCCUGCAUCGGCAAGAACAUCUCUUAUCUCGAAGUAUACAAGUUGAUACCCUCUCUGCUUAGAACCUACGAGAUCGCCUUUGCUGAACCUGGAUGCCCGGGGUGGCGUGUGGAGAAUAGGUGGUUUGUGAACCAGACUGGGUUGAAUGUGAGAUUAAAGAGACGGGAUGAUGGGGAGGGGAAGAAGGCGUGA